CUCCGACACUCCACCAUUGUCUUCUUGGAAAGCCGCUUAAACCCCACCUGGAAGUUUCUCGUGAUAUGGACCAUAUCAUAUGGUGGUAGAUUGACAUUGAUGUGGUGUAUGUAACUGUUGACAGACAAGUGGAGGUAGUGCUUUUUUCUUCACAAAUUUUACUGGUAGUACAGCAAAACAAUCAAAGACACACGGCGUCCUUUAGAGUAUCCUCAUCAUUACCAUUCACCAACCCAACUCCACCCACCUCUCCACUAAAUUUAAAAAAAGAACAAAAAUUCAAAACUCUCUACAAAAGAGGCAAAGAGAGAUUUUUUUUCAAAAAAAAAAAAGGUGUUGCGAGCGAAGUCAAAUAGUCAAUGGCGGAAGCUUGCGUUGUGAAGAGAAUAAAGCUUGGAAGCCAAGGCCUUGAGGUCUCUGCUCAAGGCCUCGGUUGCAUGGGCCUCUCUACCUUGUACGGUGCUCCUAAGCCCGAAACUGACGCUAUCACUCUUCUCCACCAUGCAGUUGAUACCGGCGUCACUUUCCUAGAUACCUCCGACAUCUACGGUCCUGAGACCAACGAGCUGCUCCUAGGAAAGGCUCUGAAGAAUGGGGUGAGGGAGAAAGUGGAGCUUGCUACCAAAUUUGGAAUCAUUUAUGGAGAGGGACAGAGAGAGAUAAAGGGAGAUCCUUUCUAUGUUAGGGCUGCUUGUGAAGCAAGUUUGAAGCGGCUUGAUGUGGACUGCAUUGAUCUCUAUUACCAGCAUCGGAUUGAUACUCGUGUCCCUAUCGAAAUCACUAUGGGAGAACUGAAGAAGCUAGUUGAAGAAGGUAAAAUAAAGUACGUUGGCUUGUCUGAAGCCUCUGCCUCAACUAUCAGAAGAGCACAUGCUGUUCACCCAAUAACUGCGGUGCAGCAAGAGUGGUCUUUGUGGACGAGAGACGUUGAAGAAGAAAUAGUCCCAACCUGCAGGGAGCUUGGGAUAGGGAUUGUUGCUUACAGUCCUCUGGGAAGAGGCUUCUUCGCUGCUGGACCAAAGCUUCUUGAGAAGCUGGACAAUGAUGACUUCAGAAAGAGACUACCAAGAUUCAAACAGGAAAACAUAGACCACAAUAAGAUUCUCUACGACAAGGUUUGUGCAAUGUCGGAGAAGAAAGGGUGCACUCCUGCACAACUAGCCCUCGCUUGGGUUCACCACCAGGGAGAUGAUGUUUGCCCCAUCCCGGGAACCACUAAGAUCCAGAACCUCAAUCAGAACAUCGGAGCUUUGUCUGUGAAACUCACUCCCGAAGAGAUGACUGAGCUCGAGACCAUCGUCCAACUAGAGUCUGUGAAAGGAGAAAGAUACGCUAACAUGACGGCCACUUUCAAGAACUCCGACACUCCACCAUUGUCUUCUUGGAAAACCGCAUAAACCAGUUGGUGGUGGUAGUGUCAGUGAGAUGAUGUGUUGCGUCUUUCAGAGUGUAUCAAACCCAAAUAUCAGUGUGAAUGUAUUGUAAAAUAAAUAAAUAAAUGUAUAGAGUUCCCCAAGUGAAAACUUCAACUUGCAUUUCCA